AUGGAUCCGAGAUCACAAUUUAUAUUUUCUACUGCUCAAACAUAUUUCCAGCUGGACAGCAUAAACUUGAAUGAGCUUGAAAAUGAACGACAUGUCAGUAGUUUUUUAGAUUGCCUAAAUAUUUUUACUCUUGCUUGCUAUCUCGGAAAAAACGGAAGUUUAUUGUUCUUUAAUGAGAUUGUACAUCAUGACAAUACAAAACAAAUGCUCGUGUUUGUCAAAUUACAACCAACCUACUUAAAUGAGAAAAAUUACAAAACAAACGUUAUGGUUUGUUCAAUUCCUGGUUCUCCAGUUCUUAGUUUCUACACAUCUAUCAGUAUUUUCACACUCACGGAUGAAGUUAAUUAUUGGCGCAAUAAAUCAAGAUGCUGUUCGAAUAAUAAUGUAGAUGAGAUGAAGCAGUGUGAGUUUUUUGCAUCCCUUCUUGAAAGUCCAGCCAAAGAAUGCAGUCGUAUUGAGUCUUUAUCUCAAUCAGCCUUGGAUUCAAAGAUUGACUCAUUGGGAUUGUCUACUCAUUGUGCUAAUUCCACUCAAAAACAGCCUUCUUUUGGAGUUUUUUAA